UUGCUACUCUUAUAACAUUUCACAAGUCACAACUGUGACUAGAGACUCAAUAUUUCCCAGUAGUGAUUGUGAAGAGUGAGAGAAAGAGAGUCUUGGAGACAGAGAAUGUGGUUCUUUAGAAGAAAAGGCCCAUCUGGGUUCUCAUCAUCUUCCACAGCAGAAGAAGUUACUCAAGGGAUUGAUGCUACUGGUCUCACUGCCAUUGUUACAGGAGCAUCUAGUGGCAUUGGCACUGAAACUACGCGUGUUCUUGCACUGCGUGGUGCCCAUGUGAUUAUGGGAGUGAGGAAUAUGGCUGCGGGUAAAGAUGUGAAAGAAGCGAUAGUUAAGGAAAUCCCCACUGCCAAAAUUGAUGCCAUGGAGUUGGAUCUCAGUUCAUUGUCAUCUGUGAGGAAAUUCGCAUCAGAUUACAAAUCUGCUGGUCAUCCUCUAAACAUCUUAAUUAACAAUGCAGGAAUUAUGGCGACCCCAUUCUUGCUUUCCAAAGAUAAGAUUGAACUUCAGUUUGCCACAAACCACAUAGGUCAUUUUCUAUUGACAAAUCUUUUGUUGGAUACUAUGAAAAAGACUGCACGUGCAAGUAGCAAAGAAGGGAGAAUUGUAAAUGUAUCCUCUGAAGCUCACCGGUUUCCAUAUCGUGGAGGAAUCCGUUUUGAUAAAAUCAACGACCCAUCGGGGUACAGCAGUUGGGCUGCAUAUGGUCAAUCAAAGCUAGCUAACAUUUUGCAUGCCAAAGAACUUUCAAAACAAUUGAAGGAAGAGAGGGCAAAUAUAACUGCAAAUGCACUUCACCCUGGUGCAAUUCUCACCAAUCUUUUCCGUCAUAGCAAUGUUUUAAAUGGGCUUGUUAAUGUGCUCGGUAAAGUUGUGCUUAAAAAUGUUCAGCAGGGAGCAGCAACAACUUGCUAUGUGGCAUUGCAGCCACAAGCUGAAGGGGUGAGCGGUGAAUAUUUUUCAGACAGUAAUAUUUCCAAGCCAACAUCCCAAGCUGAAGACGAGUUGUUGGCAAAGAAACUCUGGGAUUUCAGCAAGGAUUUGACUGAAUGAUGUUCCUUUGCCUAUCACAGUAAAUCAUAAGGAAUAAGACAUUAUAAUCUUCAGCAUCAUCAGGAAGAAGACAUUAUAAUCUUCAGCAAAUGUUUAUUUUUCUGCAUAUCAGCUCCUCAAAUACUCGUAUUGAAAAAGAUGCCAGAAUGCCUGGUCCUUUUGAAUUCUGAUAUUAUGAUAUAAAUCUUCAUAUAAAGUCUAUACUUUAUAGAGAUUGGAGUCGAGAUUCAAAUCCAUUCAUAUAGUAGAUUUAACUAAUAAUUUUGACACAUCAAUCUUGCCAUCUUGGAACAAAAUGUCUCUUGCAUGAUGCAUCUUGGA